GAGAGAGAGUCUUCUCAGCGCGUCCUGCUCUCUCGGUCAGUCAACACUCUUCUGUCGGCGCGGCUGGAUGUCUGUCGGAUGUGAAGCUGAAGUAGAUGGAAGAUAUCGAUCAUUUCUCCUCUGGACCACCUGUCACUUCUCCCUCCGAGGACAAACUAACACGAAGAGGAGAGAAGCGGCGGAGGGACGCGCGUAAUUUCUCUGUGCGUCUUCCCCGCGCCAUGCCUCCGCUCCUCCACCUGCACCUCCUCCACCUCCUCCGUCUUGGAUGAACUUUCUCGCCGCCUGCGGGGACGCGGCCGCUCGCACUGACAUCAUCAUGAAGACGACACGGAAAUGUCGCGCUCUGCUGUCCGUGGGUCUGAACCUGGUGGCCCUGUUCUUCUCCACCACCGCCUUCAUCACCACGUACUGGUGCGAGGGCACCCAGCGCGUCCCCAAGCCCAACUGCAGCAAGCAGCGGCGCCACAACUGCAUCGACUACGGCGUGAACGAGACGGACCAGAACAAGGUGCACUACAGCUGGGAGACCGGGGACGACCGCUUCCUCUUCCGCUACUUCCACACCGGCAUCUGGUACUCCUGCGAGGAGAACAUCCACGAGGCAGGUGAGAAGUGUCGGAGCUUCAUUGAUCUCGCCCCGGCGUCGGAGAGAGGCGUGUUGUGGCUGUCGGUGGUGUCGGAGGUGCUCUACAUCCUGCUGCUGGUGGUCGGCUUCAGUCUGAUGUGUCUCGAGCUUUUCCACUCCAGCAACGUCAUCGACGGACUCAAACUCAACGCCUUCGCCGCCGUCUUCACCGUGCUGUCCGGUCUCCUGGGUAUGGUGGCCCACAUGAUGUACACUCAGGUGUUCCAGAUCACCGUCAGCCUGGGUCCUGAAGACUGGAGGCCUCACAGCUGGGACUACGGCUGGUCCUUCUGCAUGGCCUGGGGUUCCUUCACCUGCUGCAUGGCGGCCUCCGUCACCACCCUCAACUCCUACACCAAGACGGUGAUCGAGUUCCGACACAAGCGCAAGCUGUUCGAGCAGGGCCUGCGCGAGGAGCAGAACUACCUGGACCAGGAAGCUUUCCACUACUUCCGGGACCGCUCCCUGCAGUCCAUCUCCAGCACUGUGGAGGUCUACCCCGGCCACGGCGGAGCCAGAGCCGGGCUCAUCGUCGGGGGCCAGGGUCCCGGUCCGGGACCGGGUCCGGGUCCGGGUCCCGGACGAGGCAAGAUGAGAGCCACGUCGGCCUCCAUAGACCUGGGGGACAACACAGACUCACUGGGGGAGGAGCAGUGCUGAGCCAUUCACAGGAGUGGGGGGGCGUGUCAUGUGUGAUGGGGGCGUGGCCACACGAGGCGUGACGCGAUGAUGAAGCGAACUGCUCCUUUAAAUCUGAACCGGCCACACGUUCUGCCACCGAACACGAAAGCACAGCAGCUUUUAUUCUCUGUCUGAAGAUUAUUUGACGAAGGAAAUUAAUUGAAUUAGACAAAAAUCUCCUUUUAUUUAUUUCACGAAAAUCAUUUUGAAGUGUGAAAUCUUUCACUCUGAGAUCUGGGUAGCCGGUGUUCUCCUGCAUGUUAAAGUGCUAUGUGUAGUAGCAUCGAUGGUGUCAAUGUUAAAACAUUAACGUGAGGCCGAUGUCACUUCCUGAACAGCGACCUCUGUGGCCACAAAAUAAGGAUGAUGCCUAACAAGUAGCCUAAAAGUAGCAUAAACACAGAAGCUAAAGAGUUAGCGAUCCAGGCAGACUACCAUCCGCUAACAGGGCCACUUAGCUCCACGGCUAACUGAGCUACAUGCUAACAGCAGCUAAUCUCUACGACCAAAGAUACAUUUGCUAAGAUUAGCCACCGCGGUCACAGCAGACCACGAGAAGGCAGCAAAGCAGCUCGACAAGUCAACUUUUCGUUUUUUUAACCGGAGGAAUGUGUCGUCAUCGGCGUAGAUGUGACGUAUUAUACAUGUUGUUAUGCUGGACAGAGAGAUCCUCAGUUAUCUUGGGUUAUAAGUAUGUUCAGUGAGAUGUUUUACUGUGUAUUGUACACACUUGGCUGCAGUGGGAAACUGUCUGACAGACACAAACUACUACACAUAGCACUUUUAAACAGCUCACGUCCAGGCUGAGCCCCUUUUUUGUGACGCUGAAUGUGAAAAUUAAGAGUUCUGUUGAAGCUACAUGUGUUCACUCAUCAGCUGUGUUGAUCCCGAGGAAAUGUUCGACCGAUACACAAAGAUUCAGAUUUGAUUGAUCGGCGUACUUUACGAGUGUCGCUGUGAAUAGUUGCCUGAAGCCGGCUGAGAAACGGCUGCAUGAUUUUAUUUUUAUUCUCAGUGUUAACAGAUUUGGUCUCAUGUGCAGUCGUGUGAAGUUCAACACCGACUUCACAGCUGCAGGACAUCUGAAAUUCACUUUUUUUUUUUGUCAGACUCAUUGAUUAAAUCUACUACAGAUUACAAGAGUUAUCUCCUCUCUGUCAGCCGUCAGCUGUCGUCUUUGCAGCUUUAUGUGUGAGACACCGGUGACGGCUGGCUGCUUUAUUUGCACUGGUCUCACAACUAGCAACCUAGCUUCCAAUCAGACAGUUUAGUGAGUCACCAGUUAACAUGGUCACUUGUUAAACCGAGCGAGACGCUGGCAGUGCAGUCGUGCUCUUAAUAACUUUUAAAUUAAGACUUCUACAUCAAAUUUGAGUUUAGAUUCAGAAACUGUGCUGCUUAUUUCUUGCGUCAAGUCUCUGCAGAAACAGAUUUUAAUGUAUAGCGAAGGUAAAAUAAGAUAAUUGUUUAUUAAUCCCACUAUAAGACAACUUGUGUGAAGCCACCCCAUGUCAGAUAAAUGAAACCAGGUUUGAAGUCUGAACAGGAGAGGAGCUGAUGAAACACGAGCUUGCAGUUUCGUCGUCGCUGCUAAAUGAGUUUUCUGUUUGUCUGCUUAUUUCUGACAGCAGGACUUGGAGUUACAUCCUCUGUGAAGUUCUCUGUGAGAUUCGUUUGUGGAUGAAUCUCAAGACGUUUUAGGGGCGUCGAUUAUGUUAAUAAUCAAACGGCAGAGACGCACAGCUGCUGGCGAACAGGUGGAACUCAUCAGGCUGAACAGGCAAUUUGUGUGUUUGCUGAAUACAAGUUGGAACGGUCACUAAUAACGUCGGAGAGGUUUUGGAUGAACACACAAAAAGGUUCUUACACAGAAGGAGAAGAAGAAGAAGAGGAACGAUCCGUUCACAUGCAGCAGUUUCUAAAAGGCUUCGGGCAAAUAUUGACACGUUGGAAUAAAUUAUUAGAGCACACAGCUAAUUAGAAAGGCUUUGACUCUCGUACCGAACUUCAUCCUGAGUCAUAAAGCAUAUUUCAUGGAGCGGUCUGUGUGUGUCGACAGGAGUGAAGGGUUAUACAGUUAGUAUGGAAACACAUGAGCGACAGUCCCAUCACCCCGGAGGUCACGGGGUCAAUCCUCUCACGGAGUUAAUGUGCCGCUCCGUCUCGGUGUCCUUGGGGGGCGAAGCUGCUGCAGGGACCCGUUCACCUCUGACCUCUGAGGAAAUUAACUGCAUGAAUGUGCUGCGUGUGAGUCUCCAGGGGACGUAAUGCCACCGAGAGCUAAUAAAAUCUGAUCUUGACUGAGUCCUGCAGAUUUCAGAAAGCAAAAGCUGAAAAGCGAGAGGACGCUUCUGAACUCGGAGGGAAUAUUUAGGAGAUGACGUGUGAACGGUCGCAGUUCAGAAGGUAGCUGUUAAUCACCGGCUUAACAUAAAAUGGAUUUUGUGAACUGAGAAGAUGUUGUCGAGGCCAAGAGAUUUAGACGUCUAAAGAUCUUUUUUUCUACUGCAGGAACUUAACGAUCUGUAGCCCGCAGCUUCACGUUAGAUUACGUUUUGGGAAGCUGCGAGGUUUCGUUUCCACAGAAAAGUCUCUGAUUCUCUGAUUUUGUCUCAGUAUUCCUUUGAGCGCCACAGGAGAGAAAUCCAAACUGUAUUUCACAUUAUUCAGCUGCUAUUGUUGGUAUUUUCCCACAAAUGUUGAGAUAAAAUGAUGGAAAAUCUUUGCAGGGAACAAAACCAGCGCUUAAAUCCAGUAUUCAGUAACUCCACAAUCCUGACCUGACUAUCACAAAGCUGCACGUUCCUUUGAAAUGUUGAAAUGAAAUGAAAUGAAAAACAAACGUGUAGGUUGUAGAAUAGGCAAGUAUAAAGCCAGAUGACGUCUCAAUUAUCAGUAUUUAACUGUUCGACAGACUUAAAGUACUCGAUAUUAAACUUAUUCAAGUAUCAAACCCCAGAUGUGCAAGUAAAAGUAAAAAUACAUAUUUAUUUCCAUGUAUUUAUUCACACUGGAGUUGAGUGAUAAUUUGCCUGAACAAUUAUCUGAUUUGAUAUUCACUAUUUUUCUGAAUAUCAGCGUCAGUGUUUUUUUAUUUUUUCCUCCAGUUGCCACUAAAUAUAUUUAAAAACGUGCUUCUUUGGCUCUAACGCAGCAUGUUGUCUUCAAUCUCUUCCUAACACUGAUCCAACUAUGACCGCAGAACCUGUGACAUAUUAAAACCCUGCAGUGGAAAACGUAUAGAUGUUGAAUCUGAGCUGAGAUUAGACGUAUACGUGAUGAACUGUGACAGCACACGGCUUUGGUUUGUCCUCAGCGGAUGAGAGUUAAAUGAACCAACAGGAUUUCUUACUGCCAUAUUUAAUUUAACUCACUUACACAAACAACGUAAAGCCCAACGUAAUGGGUCGUGUUUAGGAUGCAUACAUCAGUAAUCUGGUCUCUCCCGGUUGCUUCCUCGGCCCGGGAAUACUCUGCGAGUUGCGUAACACGUGCUGGAUUGUAAACAGCUGGGAUUAAAUUGGCUGAGACUCGCUGUGGCAACAGGGAGGUUUUUGGGGUCGACGUAAUCCGAAUACAAGUUUCUAAAUCUUCGUGCUGCCCGUCUGUAAACUGGUGGUUUGUGGCAGCUCGUGAAUCCUCUGUAUGCAGAUAUAAACAUGAUGGUGACUACUGAAUAAAUCUGUUUGAAUGUAUUUACUUAUAUAUAUUUAUCUAUGUACUACA